GGUACAAGGAUGGAGUAGCUUACUGGCCAGACUACAAGAAUGAUGACAAAAUCAACAAAGCUGCAAGAUCAGCAGAAAAGCCAGGCGAACACUGGACCAGAUAUGAUGCCAGGGUGUUGACCAGAUGUGGUGAUUAUUUGACAGCCAGGCAGGCAAUGAGAAAGGCUUUAAACUGUCGAACAUCAGAACUGGAUUCUGAUCAGGAAAUAGACUUGGUGCGCCCCAAGAGAAAACGCAAGCUGAUCAACCGCUUUGAGUCAGACAGUGAGGAUGAAGAGGCUCAGCCAUCUUUAAAAUCUAAGCCAGAUAAAUUAUCACCACAGACUGCACCACCAGUUCCUCCUCCUCAUCGUUCAUCUGCACCACCAGUUCCACCUCCUCGCCGGUCAUCUGCACCACCAGUUCCACCUCCUCAUCGUUCAUCUGCACCACCAGUUCCACCUCCUCGCCGGUCAUCUGCACCACCAGUUCCACCUCCUCGCCGGUCAUCUCCGCCACCAGUUUCACCUCCUCAUCGGUCAUCACCGCCACCAGUUUUACCUCCUUACCGGUCAUCUUCAUCACCUCCACCUUUAGCACUAGGCCAGAGCCCAGUACCUCAUCGGUCUGCAUCAAGCUCAGCAGCAUCUCGCUAUUCAAUGCCAUCCCGUAAGCUGCCUCUGCAUCGAGUAACUUUUUGCCUCAACAAUCUGGUGUCAGAAGUGCUCCUGCGUGGUCAGUUUCGGGUUUUACGACGGGUGUCUGAUCAACCUGAGUACGUCUCAGCUUUUGUUUCUGGGGGACUCCUCGUGGAUCUCCUUACUGGCCUGCCAGGAUCUCGAACAUCUUCCAACCUGUCAAGGAAGUCUGGUGAGUGA